UUCCUUGUUGUUGAACUACACCGUAAGUUUCAACUUUCAUUUUCACUUGGUGGGAAGGCUAAGCGCGCUUUGUUUAACUAACUCUGGAUUUUUGCUCGAUGUACUUAAAGCUGGUAACAUUUCUAAGGUGUCUGAAGUCUUGGUUCUUUGGCCUGUUAAGGUUUACACAUAAUUUGUUUGCUCGUACUUGGUUUCGUCGUAUUAAUAGUAGUUUGCGGUCUACUAAACAUAUUAGUAUGGAGUCAGAUGAUGAUUGCGACUGCGAGUUGGACUCCACAUGGGAGGAUGAAGACGAAAACAAAACACCCAGAAAGAAGCUCAAGAGGAGUCGCAGGAACAGGUAUGCAGCCAAGGACAUGCAAGACUUCCGGCAUCGUUGCCUGGAACUAGAUGAUGACGAUGAGGAUUAUACUAUGGAAAAAGCAGAUGAAGUAAUUCAGAUUCACAUUGAUGUUUUUCACAAAGAAUGGUGGGGUCAAUAUGAUUUGCUUGAAGAUGUUCACUCCUACAUUCAAUGGCUAUUUCCAAUACAAGAGCAAGGUAUGAACUGGAGAGCACAUGUUCUCACAAAAAAGGAAAUCAUGCAAUUCCGCAGAGAUGAGGAUGUAAAACAUAAGCUGAUCAAAUCAUAUAAAGUCAUGUUGGAUUUCUAUGGAAUACGUUUGGCUGAUGAAAAAACAGGAAAGGUGGAACGUGCCGAGAAAUGGAAGCAACGCUUUAACAACUUGAACAGAUAUACUCACAACAACCUGCGCAUCACACGCAUCCUGAAGUGUUUGGGGACUUUAGGAUUGGAGCACUAUCAGGCACCACUUGUCAAGUUUUUCCUCUUUGAGACUCUGGUGCAAGGAGAACUUAAUCGUGUCAAACAAAGUGUACUAGAUUACUUUAUGUUUGCAGUUUUGGACAAAUCAAAGAGGAGGGAACUGAUUAGAUAUGCUUAUCAGCAUUUCAGACCCAGAGAAGACUUUGUCUGGGGCCCAAAGAAGAUUCUGCAAAUGGAAACUUCUAAAAAAGGUGAACAGCAAAGAGACUGCCAUCAUGAAAUGAACAAAAUACAUGCCAGUCUUCCACCUGAAGAGAUGGGAAUUGACAAUAAAAAUGAUGACCAGAAAGAUGAUGCAGUUAGUCAAAACAAACUGAAGGAAGAAUGUUCAAAGUCAUCAAAGGGAAACUAAUGGUAACAGUCAAAGUAGCUCAAAUGGUGACCAGAUAGUCCAGAGAAGAUGAAUGAAGAGAGUGAGUCAAAUGAUAAGAACAGUCUGUACAGCUUAGGCAAUGAAUGUGUAAAAGAGCAAAACCAAAAGAGUUGUGGUGAUGGUAAUAAUGAAGUCCACAUGACACCACAAAAUAAACCUAAUGGUAAUUCUGAUGAAAGUAAUCUAGCUGAAAUUAGGAAAACUAAUGAAAAUGACAUGCUAGACAACCCUGAAGUUGAAAUGAAAGAAGAUGGCAUGUCUCAUGGUGAUAAUGGUAACAAUGCUGAAAAAGAGAGGCCAGGGAGUCCAUACAAGUUGACCGAACAAACUAAUAGUCAGGAUAAGAGGUCAAAUGUUGAGACAAAUGAUGAAGAUGAAAGUAAUCUAAAUAAUACAGCGUAUACUAAAGAAAUGUCAGCAGAACAUGAGCAGGGAUCAAAUAAUGAAAACAGUCAGUGCAACUCAGAAAAUGAAACUGUACAAGACCAAAAUCAAGAGAUGAGUGCUGAUGGUGUUGGUGAUGAGUAGUGAAAGUUUGUCCAUGAAGGGUGUACUUGUCUGACAUGGAAAAAAAGGAAACUGAAAACAGAAAGUAUCAAGGCCUUUAAUGUUUUUUUUUUUUUUUGGUUGUUCCCCAAAAUUAAAUUACAUGAAAUAUAUUGAAACGCCUGUAUGCCUGGGCUCAAAUUCAACUCUUUGAGAUGCAUUGCUUUGUUUUGUUUAUUUAACAGAUUGACUAACGGAGAUUAAAAAUAGCAUGCAAAAGCUAAAUUUGCACUGUAACAAAUGUAAUGUUAUUAUUAUUUUUGUUUUAUUUUUUGUGAAGUGUUCUAAUAAGUUUGUCUUGAACUUGAUUGUUUAAUAAGAAAUGAAGUUCUGAUUAACCAAGUGAUGUUUGAUGCAAAUAAAAAUUGUAUUGAUAAAGCAAGAUCACACUUUGAAAACUGGCUCCAAUAAUUGUUAGAUUUGUAUGCUUUCUUUUGUAAUGGAUGAACCUGUUGAAGUUUGUAAAACGAUGCAGUUUUGUUUUGGGUUUUUGCUGGUGACCAAAUAAAUGUCAUAUCACUGAA